AGAGAGAGAGAGAGAGAGAGAGGGAAAAAAAAAACUUGCUCCUCUUCCUCCUGAUCUUCUCUCCGUCCUUCUCUUCGCUCUCAUUCAUGACCAUGCAGCCAAAAACAGCUCGAAACCAGAGGAGAUGAGAAGCCGAGCAGAAGAGAAACACCCAAAAAUCUCUAAUCCCUGCCUUCUCUAAACUACCUUAAAAGCCAAGCAGGUCCCCAAACCCUAGCCCGAACCCUAGACGUAGCCCCCCUAGACCUGCACCUCCAAACCUUCUUCAAUGGCGGCGAAGGAGCUGCAGUCCCCGAGACAUUAACUCUUCCCUCUCCGUCUUCAAUCUGAAGAGGGCUUGUACUUUGUCGGUCUCAUUGAAUGUGAUCUGAAGGGUUUCAUUUCAAGUUUUCUGGUGUGUCGCAGUCGAGAUCCUCAGCAUUUAAAGCUCCCCGUCCGGCUAUAAACGUCCACAGCCUUGGAGCUUCCGAUCCCUUUCUUUCUUUCUUUUCUUCUUCUUCUCUCUAUCCGGUCUUCUAUCUUUAUCCCUUCGGGAUCUCUUGGGUUUUGGGAUAGAGAGAGAAGAGAGAGGAAGAGCUGGUGGGGAAUGGGAAGGGCUCCUUGCUGCGACAAGCAAGGGCUGAAGAAAGGCCCCUGGACUCCGGAGGAGGACAAGAUCCUCGUUGACUACAUCCAAACCAACGGCCAUGGAAGCUGGCGUUCCCUUCCAAAACUCGCAGGUCUCCUUCGGUGCGGAAAGAGCUGUCGGCUCCGGUGGACCAACUAUCUGAGGCCGGACAUCAAGCGUGGUCCCUUCACUCCCGAGGAACAGAAGUCCAUCAUCCAGCUCCACGGCAUCGUCGGUAACAAGUGGUCCACCAUAGCGGCCCAGUUGCCCGGGCGGACCGACAACGAGAUCAAGAACUACUGGAACACCCACCUCAAGAAGCGCCUCCUCCGCAUGGGCAUCAACCCCGACACCUACGCCCCCGCCGCCUCCCCCUCCUCCCCCGGAGCCACCGGAGGUGGCGGCGGUGGCGGCGCUUCUUCGUCGUCCUCCGCGUUCCCUGCCACCCGCCACAUGGCCCAGUGGGAGAGCGCCCGCCUCGAGGCCGAGGCACGGCUCUCCAGAGAGUCCUUCCUCUUCUCCUCCGCCUCCACCUCCGCGGCCGCCGCCGCCGCUGGAGGAGGAGGAUCCAUCCACUCCGACAGCCCCCACCUCAAGCCCGAGCCCGAUUUCUUCCUUCGCAUCUGGAACUCCGAGGUCGGCGAUGCUUUCCGGAAGCCGAUCUCUGCUCCCCGGGAGAGCGCCCCGCUUGCCGGGUCCUCGCCGGAGUCGUCGUCCACGAAGCAGAGCUCGGCGGUGACCGUCUCUCCGCCGGCGAAGGGGGAGGAACCAGCGGUCAAGGAGGAGCCUUCGACGGAGAGCAAGAGUUGCGUGGUGGGAGGAGGUGGUGGUGGGGAUCAGGCGUCGGCCGGGGCGGACUCGUCGGGGUCGAACGAGGUGGAGGAUACGUCGGAGGAGACGUACCAGCUGUACCUGGACUUCGUCGGCGAUGACCUGGGGCUGUUCUCUGGCCAGCUGGGUAGCUUCUCCCUCUUCUCCAGCGACCUCCAUGACGCCUCUCUGGACACGGCAUUCAAGUGACCGAGUUUUCUCCUACUCGUUUACUUCCUUUCCUGUUGUUGCUAAUGGAGCAGUAGUACGUGGAGUAGGGGGUUUAUUAACUGCAUGCCAUGUUUUUUAUUAGUGCAAUAUGGUGUUAUCAUGGGAGCUCUAUUUUGUUUACUUGUCAGCUUAGCUUUAGAUCAGUGGUGUCACGCUGUCACGUUUCUUGCUGGGAUUUUAUUUUGUUUUCCAGCUGCUGUUCAAAACAUGAAAAGAAUGUUUUGCAAGGUAUGAGAGAUCUGUUGUGAGCUGUGGGUACGUAGGAUACCAUAUGGGUGUUGUUGCUAAUGGGUUUUUGCAAUGGGUGAUGAUCCUGCUGUAACUAAUGAUCCUGUUUAUACCUAGAAAACUUGAUAUUAUCUUAUCUUUA